AUGGCCAGGACCACUGGAGAUCCCGCCAAACGGCGAAGGUGCAUUGCCCGCAUCAAAUUCUGGCGGAGAUCACGAGUGAGCAGCGAUGUCACCUUGGGAAUUGUUAAAUACAGAGUGGUCUCCAAGCCCUCAAGGCACUUUAGAUUUUCUUUCAUUAGGGCUUGGCUUCAUCGAAUCAAAAUCGAGGAUAACAAGUAUAGUGGCUCAUUUCAAGAAGCCAUUAAGCCAGUCCUUAUUAUAGCCCAGAUUUUUGCACUGAUGCCAGUUCGUGGAGUGAGUUCCAAGUUCUCGGAAGAUCUGACCUUCACCUGGUUCAGUGCUCGAACGUAUUACGCCUUGGUGACGAUCCUCUGUUUUGGAGUAACUUCUGGUUACCUGGUGGCCUACGUGACAAAUGUGUCGUUCAAUUUCGAUUCGGUGGAGACUCUGGUAUUUUAUUUAUCCAUAUUCUUGAUUUCGUCAGCCUUCUUGCAACUGGCCAGAAAGUGGCCUGCAAUCGCCCAGGAGUGGCAGUUGGUUGAGGCCAAGUUGCCUCCAAUUAAACUGCCUAAGAAGCGCAGAUAUUUGGCACAGCACAUCAAGAUCAUCACCAUUGUGGCCACCACUUGCUCCUUGGUGGAACACAUUAUGAGCAUGUUGUCCAUGGGCUACUAUGUAAACUCCUGCCCUCGAUGGCCGGGACUUUCCUUCGACAGUUUCCUGUACUUGAACUUCUCCUCGGUGUUCUACUUUGUUGACUACACCCGUUUCCUUGGGCUCUUGGGAAAAGUGAUCAAUGUCUUGAGCACCUUCGCCUGGAACUUCAACGACAUCUUCGUGAUGGCUGUAAGUGUGGCUUUAGCUGCUCGUUUCCGGCAAUUAAAUGACUACAUGAUGAGGGAGGCCAAAUUGCCCACCUCGGUGGACUAUUGGAUGCAGUGCAGGAUUAACUUCAGGAACCUUUGCAAGCUGUGUGAGGAAGUGGACGAUGCCAUAUCCACUAUUACUUUGCUCUGUUUCAGCAACAAUCUCUACUUUAUUUGUGGCAAAAUCCUCAAGAGCAUGCAAGCAAAACCUUCUGUAUUUCAUACCCUGUACUUCUGGUUCUCCCUCACCUAUUUACUUGGUCGUACUCUCAUUUUGUCGCUAUAUAGCUCCAGUAUCAAUGAUGAAUCUAAAAGACCGCUGGUCAUUUUUCGCUUGGUGCCCAGGGAAUAUUGGUGCGACGAGCUCAAACGCUUUUCGGAGGAGGUUCAGAUGGACAAUGUGGCUCUGACUGGCAUGAAGUUCUUUCGACUCACUCGCGGCGUGGUAAUUUCGGUGGCUGGCACAAUAGUGACCUACGAACUAAUUUUGCUGCAGUUCAAUGGCGAGGAAAAGGUGGCCGGCUGUUUUGAAAACUGA